AUGGCCGCCCACGACUCCAUCAUCCUCGAGGAGGACAUCGACGAGGACUACGACCCGACGCCAGACGAGAUCGAUGAGUACGCCACCUGGCUCGGCAUGAGGCGGCCGGAGGACGACGACCUGCUCUGGAUCGCGAGCGAGGGGCUCAAGGCGCCGCUGCCGGAGCACUGGAAGCCGUGCAAGACGCAGGACGGCGGCGAGAUAUACUACUUCAACUUUGCGACCGGCGAGUCCGUCUGGGACCACCCGUGCGACGACUACUACCGCAAGACGUACGAGGAGGAGAAGGCCAAGAAGCUGCGCCGCUCUGCUGAGGGGAAUGGCCGUCCGGCAGCGGCGCCCAGCUCGCCAGGGCUGGGCCGGCAGCCUCCUGGCGGGCCCAUCGGGCUGAGCGCGCUCGGUGUUGCGGAGCCGGCAGAGGUCGUGGCUCGGGCGAGGGAGGCGAGUGGGCUGGAGCGGGACGCAGCGCUCGAAGAGACGCGCCGGCAGCUGGAGGUGGAGGGCCGUGCGGAGGCGGAGAGGAUCCGCACAGCGCAGCGCGAGGCGUCGGAGCGACUCGUUGCCGGAGACCAGCUCCGCGAGCAGAUGCAGGCGCAUGCAGAGGCGGCGCUCGCCGCCGAGCGCGUCGGUGUCGGGCUGAGCCGAGGCGAGCGCGCGUAG